AUGAAGGCGCUGUUCCUCGCAGCCGGCCUUGUUGGCGCCGCCUUUGUUGGCGCCGGCUCGCUCGCCGUCGACGACGAUGCCGCGACGCUCGGCUUCCUCAAGUGCAAGUGCUUCCCGGGGGACGCGUGCUGGCCGUCCAACCGCGACUGGGACGCCCUCAACCAGACAGUCAGCGGCCGGCUAAUCGCGACAGUACCGCUCGGUCAGCCCUGCCACGACCCCAACUACGACCCUGUGCGCUGCCAGGCUCUGCGUGAUGGUUGGCAGAGUCCGGCUACUCACAUGAAUGACUCGGCCUCGGUCAUGGCCCCGUUCUUUGCCAACCAGAGCUGCGACCCGUUCACGCCGCGGUCCAGGCCAUGCACUCUCGGCAAUUAUGUCGUCUACGCCGUCGAGGCUCAGUCGGUUGCCGACGUGGUGGCUACCGUGAAGUUUGCCAUGGACAACAACAUCCGUUUCGUGAUACGGAACACGGGCCAUGAUUACCUUGGUCGGUCCACCGGCGCCGGAGCCCUCUCGGUCUGGACUCACAAGCUCAAAACCAUCGAGUUCAAAGAGUGGCAUGACAAGUACUACACGGGUUCUGCCGUCAAGGUCGGUGCCGGUGUUCAGGGCUUCGACAUCCUGUCGGCCGGCCUUGCCAAGAAGCAGGUCGUCGUUAGUGGCGAGUGCCCGACAGUCGGCCUUGCUGGCGGUUAUACCCAAGGUGGCGGUCAUUCCGCCCUGAGCACUUCGUUCGGUCUUUCGGCCGACAACACACUCGAGUUUGAAGUUGUCACGGCUGCCGGCAAGCUCCUCACGGCCUCCCGGACGCAGAACACCUAUCUCUACUGGGCGCUCUCUGGCGGCGGCCCCGGUAACUAUGGUGUCGUCGUCAGCAUGACGGUCAAGACGUUCCCCGAUGCGCACGUUGGUGGCGCCACCCUCUCCUUCUAUGCCAGCGAGAACCCGACCGAAACUUUCUAUGGCGGUAUCGACGCUUUCCACGCCGCACUCCCCGCCAUGGUCCAGGCUGGCUCCAUGGUAGUCUAUUACUUCACUUCGACCUUCUUCAUGAUUGCCCCCUUGACGGCCUACAACAAGACCAUCGGCGAGGUUGAGGCCAUCAUGGAGCCCCUGCUCACUAAUCUCACUUCAAUGGGGGUCAAGUACACGUCCAGCUACUCCCAAACAGCAACAUACUACGAGCACUACGAUCAGUACUUCGGCCCUCUGCCGAUCGGCAACAUCCAGGUCGGCAUUGCCCAGUACGGCGGCCGACUGGUCCCGUUCUCCUCGUUUCAAAACAACCCGACAGGCAUGUCGCAGGUUGCCCGGUACAUCGCCGAGAAAGGCGUCACCUGGAUCGGCGUUGGCACCGACGUCUCGCCCUUCGGCAAGCAUAGGGCCAACGCCGUCACGCCCGCUUGGCGCGUCCCUCUCGUCCACGCGACCCUCACGACGGAGUGGUCGAACGAUCCAGCCGAUUGGGACAAGAUGCUCGAUAACCAGCGCCUCAUGACGUACGACAUCAUGCCGCGCGUCGAGGCCGUCACGCCCGGGUCCGGCGCGUACAUGAACGAGGCAGACUUCCAGCAGCCGAACUUUCAGGAGGUAUUCUUUGGGUCCAAUUACCAGGAUCUGCUGUGCAUCAAGCGGAAGUAUGACCCCAAUGGGUUUUUCUAUGUCAGGAAGGGCGUGGGAAGCGAGAGGUGGAACGUUGCGAACGAUGGCCGGAUGUGCAAGCUGCUCUAG